AUGGAUCGGUUAAGCGCUUGCACUUUUUUGGUGGGUGGCAUGACCUGCGGUUCUUGUGUGUCUACCGUGGAAAAACGGCUCAAAGAAUUAGCCGGCGUACAGGAGGCUUCGGUCUCACUGGCGACAGAGGAGUGUCGGGUGGUUUUUAAAGAGGAAGUGGUGGGAGCGGAUGCUAUUAAAGAAGCCAUUGAGGAUUGUGGGUUUGACGCGGAGCUUGUGAGCAGAAUAUCGAGGAUAGGCGGUGCAAACGUUGCGCUGACAUCGAAGUCGACGUCAGCGAUGUCCGAGACACAAUUGGCAGUUUUGUCGGUACAGGGUAUGACUUGUGGGUCUUGCGUCGGUAUUGUCACGAAGCAGCUUGAAGAGCUUGACGGAGUCGAGACAGCGCGGGUCUCGCUGGCGACGGAAGAAGCCGCAGUAACGUUUUUGCCGGAAAAAGUGAGCAUAGAGGAAUUGCGACAAUGUGUCGAGGACUGUGGGUUUGAUUGCUCCGUGUAUGAAUCAAGCGCUUCGGAGCGUGAAAACGGUACGGAGCGACUGUCGUUGCGGCUUGUGAAAGACGGGUCAGUCGGUGUAGAACAAGAUAUCGAAAAUCAAUUAACAGCGACAGCAGGCAUUGAACGUGCGGAGAUUGACGCAACGACGGAUCGAAUUUCGGUCGAGUACAAUCCACACGUGAUAGGCGUUAGAAGCGUUGUCACACGACUUAACGGACUCGGUCUGGACGUUGUCUCAGCGGACUCAUUCGACAACACGACCCAGAUCAAAACGCUAUCGAGGACAAAAGAAAUCGUGCUUUGGAGGCGAAGUUGCGCCAGGGCCGGUGUAUGCAUGCUGUUGAUUCUUUUCAUCUACAAACUUAUCCCUAUGUGGUUCCCGGGCCUCAAAUCGAGAUUCAUAUACGCGGAAACGCCCGUGCGAGGAUUUUUCUACCGGGACCUUCUGGGUAUUCUAAUUACGAGUUACGUCCAAUUCAUUGUCGGCGCACAUUUCUACAAAGCGGCCAUUGCCUCCUGGCGGCAUGGUGCGGGUACAAUGGACUCGUUCGUGUGCGUAUCGACCACUUGCGCGUUUUUGUUUUCUCUGUUUUCAGUUUUUGCCAACAUUUGGAACGGCUCAAACCAGAUGCCCAUGGUUGUUUUUGACACUUCUGCAAUGCUAAUUGGGUUUGUUUCUGUAGGGAAAUUGCUCGAAAACAAGGCCAAAUCAAGUACAAGCACCGCUUUGAAAAAACUAAUAUCUUUGGCGCCGUCCACUUGCACCAUACUCGAAGACGGGGUGACGAAGACCGUUCCUGUCGAUUUCCUGCAAGUCGGGGACCUCAUCGAGGUGCAAGCCGGCGGUAAGGUCCCAGCUGACGGGGUCGUCUUAGAUGGUGAAACUGAAGUGGACGAGUCCCUAAUGACAGGUGAGUCCUUUUUGGUACCAAAGACUGCAGGGUCUUUAGUCGUUGGUGGAUCGAUCAAUGGACCCGGCCUUUUACGCUUCAGGACUACAAAAAUCGGGAAGCAUACAAAACUCGCUCAUAUAAUAAACACCAUGAAACAAGCGCAAUUGAGCAAAGCGCCCAUGCAAAACUUGGCCGAUUACCUGGCAUCCAAGUUUGUUCCCUUUAUUUUGAUCCUGUCGUUGGUGACUUUUGUGAUGUGGUACAUUCUAUGUUACACUUUACCGAAAUUGCCUGCUGCAUUUGAGACUUCGCAUGGGCGGUUUUACGCUUGUUUGCGUAUUGCCAUGUCGGUGGUUGUCGUUGCAUGCCCGUGUGCUUUGGGUUUAGCAGCACCUACUGCGAUUAUGGUGGGCACGGGAGUUGGAGCUAAACAUGGGGUUCUAAUCAAAGGGGGGCAGGUUUUGGAGAAAUGCGACAACUUGGACGUGUUCGUCUUUGAUAAAACCGGUACGCUUACCACGGGGAAAAUGGAGGUGGAAAGAUUUGUUCCAUUGGGAGGACACGAAUUGACCCUAGAGGAAAUAGCAUGUAUUAAUGCCGCCGAGGCAAACAGUGGGCACCCAAUUGCGAAAGCUGUUGUGAAAUUUACUGAGAAAUUCUUAGAAGGAUCUACAAAAUCUGCAAGCGUCACGAAUCAUGAAGUAAUUGUCGGUGGAGGUCUUAGGUGCGACUGCGAAGUCGAUGGCGCUGAAUAUCAUUUGGUUAUAGGGAAAAAGGCGGUUGUACCCGAUUUCGAACUCCGCAUUGCUCCAGCGACCACGAUGGCUUUGGUGGUCAUGAACGAAAAAGUUCUUGGAUAUUUCGAGUUGAUGGACUAUGUCAAAAAAGACAGCUUCCAAGUUGUCGAUUUCCUAGUUCGCAAGGGCUUUAAAGUGUGCAUGGUAACCGGUGACAAUCACGAGGCGGCGAUGAAGGUGGCACAGGAGGUGGGAAUCGACGCCAACAACGUAUACAGCGAAGUUGCUCCAGAUGAGAAAAACGACAUUGUCAUGCAGCUCCAGGAAGAAGGAUCCAGAGGUGUUGCCUUUAUAGGCGACGGGAUCAACGAUUCUCCCGCGUUGGUUACCAGCGACUUGGGUGUCUCUAUCUCGACGGGAACAGACAUUGCCAUGGAGGCUGCUGACGUGAUACUCAUCGACAGCACUGACCCGACUCACUCGUCGCUGAAAGGCCUAGUAUACGCGCUCGAUAUCGCGCACAGGACCUUCCGCCGCGUCAAGAUGAAUUUUUUCUGGGCCAUGUGUUACAACAUAUGCAUGCUUCCUAUAGCAAUGGGCGUGUUGAUACCGUGGGGUAUUUCGAUCGAACCUCUAGUGGCCGGCGCUGCCAUGGCUGCGAGCUCCGUUAGCGUAGUGUGCAGCUCAUUGCUGCUAAACACCUGGAAGCCACCGAAGCUUGACGUUGACGGUGAAAAGACGUUUGGCGCAAUCAGAUUAGGCUGGUUGAAACGCAUUUUUAAGAGAGAACCACGCCAGCCCGUCGAAGACAUCGAGUUGCAAGCCGGCCUGCUACAAGAGUCAUAA